AUGUCCACGAAACAGGCUACACAACAUCCACGAAGAAGGAAUGGGCGAAGAAAUAUAAGCCCAUUCGGAACGUCACUAUUCAUACGUCUGGCCAACGGGGGGAGGUUGUUGCGGGACUUUGGCGCCUUUCUUCCUGAGGAAGCAGAUGACCAGCGUCGAACCUCCGUACUGGCUUACCCACCCAACCAACAAUCCUGGCGAAUGGAUACCGAGGCAGACGCUAGGCAUUGGUUCUAUCAUGAGGUUUCAGACGUCGUGAUGCCAGCAUUUGCGUCAUAUCCGCCAGUAGUUCAGGUGUCUGAAGCUAAGCCAUUUUCUGAGGAAAAUAUUGUUCAGGUUGUGGACGACUCCUUUACGUUUAAACCGCCAGGCGGCUCUCAAAUGCCGCUGGUUAUUGGCGAGUUUAAGAGAAACAUCGUGGAUUAUAACGAGUGGCAAACCGGGAAGAUCGCCAGCUCUUUGCAGAUAAGCCUCUCCCGCGAACUCCGAGGAUACGCCGUAAAAUACAACUGCCCACAGGUCUUCUGCUUCGAUGGAUAUACUCUGCUCAUGCUCCAGUUUAAAGCCCGAAAGCCUGAAGCGAUUGCUGACGAGGAUUGCGAUAUUGACUGCUGGCUGUUCCGCCGACGGAACCCAGGUGGCACCACUCUUCGCUACGCCUUGUAUAGGCUGCUUGCACAGGGACUCCGCCGAGUCCAGGGGCAGAUGUCGCGAAGUCCAGCGCUCCUUAACAGCCAGGAAUGCAAGUUUCGAAACUUUUACACUGGGGAGCCCAUCUGGAAAAUUGACGGUGUUCUGCACAGACAUCCGUGGGGCAUGUAUAGAGCUGUGGAUCCGAAAGAUGGUUCUAUAUACUGGAUGUACAAUGGGCAGCCUGUCUGGGGUGAAGAUGGCUUGCUUAUUUUGGACGGCCCGCCCUUGUAUACCUCAUAG